ACUGUAGGAUCUUUUGUCGGCUCUUUUGUUGGACCAGCUGUCGAAGGCUUAGUUGUAGUUAUAGGGGUUGGUGUUAUUGAAGUAUUUGUUGAAGUUAUAGAGGUUGGUGUUGUUGAAGUAUUUGAAGUUAUAGGGGUUGGUGUUAUUGUAGUAUUUGAAGUUAUAGGGGUUGGUGUUAUUGUAGUAUUUGAAGUUAUAGGGGUUGGUUUUAUUGAAGUUAUAGAGGUUGGUGUUGUUGAAGUAUUUGAAGUUAUAGGGGUUAGUGUUAUUGUAGUAUUUAUUGAAGUUAUAGAGGUUGGUGUUGUUGAAGUAUUUGAAGUUAUAGAGGUUGGUGUUGUUGAAGUAUUUGAAGUUAUAGAGGUUGGUGUUGUUGAAGUAUUUGAAGUUAUAGGGGUUGGUGUUAUUGUAGUAUUUGAAGUUAUAGGGGUUGGUGUUAUUGUAGUAUUUGAAGUUAUAGGGGUUGGUGUUAUUGUAGUAUUUAUUGAAGUUAUAGAGGUUGGUGUUGUUGAAGUAUUUGAAGUUAUAGGGGUUAGUGUUAUUGUAGUAUUUGUUGAACUUAUAGAGGUUGGUGUUGUUGAAGUAUUUGAAGUUAUAGGGGUUAGUGUUAUUGUAGUAUUUGUUGAACUUAUAGAGGUUGGUGUUGUUGAAGUAUUUGAAGUUAUAGGGGUUAGUGUUAUUGUAGUAUUUGUUGAACUUAUAGAGGUUGGUGUUGUUGAAGUAUUUGAAGUUAUAGGGGUUAGUGUUAUUGUAGUAUUUGUUGAACUUAUAGAGGUUGGUGUUGUUGAAGUAUUUGAAGUUAUAGGGGUUAGUGUUAUUGUAGUAUUUGUUGAACUUAUAGAGGUUGGUGUUGUUGAAGUAUUUGAAGUUAUAGGGGUUAGUGUUAUUGUAGUAUUUGUUGAACUUAUAGAGGUUGGUGUUGUUGAAGUAUUUGAAGUUAUAGGGGUUAGUGUUAUUGUAGUAUUUGUUGAACUUAUAGAGGUUGGUGUUGUUGAAGUAUUUGAAGUUAUAGUGGUUGGUGUUGUUGUAAUAUUUAUUGAAGUUAUAGGGGUUGGUGUUGAAGUAUUUAUUGAAGUUAUAGUGGUUGGUGUUGUUGAAGUAUUUGAAGUUAUAGGGGUUGGUGUUGUUGAAGUAUUUAUUGAAGUUAUAGUGUUUGGUGUUGUAGUAUUUGAAGUUAUAGGGGUUGGUGUUGUUGAAGUAUUUAUUGAAGUUAUAGAGGUUGGUGUUGUAGUAUUUGUUUGCAAAAUAUCUUUGAGUCUAAAUAAUUUCAUAUUUAUAAACUUAUGGCCACAAUAGUCAUGAUAAUCUGGGUUGAAUUUGCAAUAAUUUAUCUUCAAAUAAAUUAUCUCUUUUUUAACAAUCUCAAUUACUUUU